AGGCAGUGGGGCUUUAGAUUCAGCACUUCCAGGGCAUGGUGAGAAUGGGGCCGUUGAGGCCGGGCGAGUGGGGGAUCUUGCAGCCAGUUGACCUGCAGCUCCCCCGGAGCCUCAAUAUGCACGAACAGGGGCUAAUUAACGUGACAUGAUGGUUGGUUUUGCACCAUGGGCGAAUGAAAGCCGAGUUGUCAAGACGAUUCCAGGAUACUAUUGGACCAUAUUGGACCAAGUGUUCACAUGUUGGAUCAUGUGCACUUCCGGUAUCAUGGAAGCAGACAAGAGUUCAGUUCACAUUCUCAAGGGUCCUCACUCAAACUCAAACUAUAUUUUGUGUACUUAAUUGAUUUUGCUAACCCACAAAAUACUGGAUUCUUGGGGUGUUGCUGUUGCCAAAGACGGGGUUUUCGAAGCCUUCUGGGAUACAGGGAGGCCCCGGUCUGUGUGGGUCACAGCAGCCAAGGCGCGAGGACCCAGACGCCGACACGGUCAGGAGGUGAAGCAGUCAAGCAAGAUCCAAAGAAGCAUGUGGUUCAGAAAAGGAUUGCUGUCGUAAGGUCGGAUCAAACGGAAAGGGCCCUCAGAUCCCAUUGAGGAUCUUAACGCCCUUUUUGCUGAGCCAUGGGAGCGGUGUGCCCAUGCCUCGGACGAGGAAAGGAGGUGGAGCCUUUACCUUCUGAUGCAAGUGGAGGAGACGACCAGCAUGGCUGGUGCGUCAUGCAAAAUGGCCGCACAGCCAUGGAAGAUGCCGUUGACGUGCAAGACGGCUUCUUCGCCGUUUACGACGGCCACGGCGGAGCUGAAGCCGUGACCUAUGUGAAAGAAGCACUCCCAAAGCUCUUGGGAAAGGAAAAGGGGCCAGAUAUGGGCCUCAGAAUGAAAGAAGCCUUUCAAAAGGCUGAUGCAGCGUUGUUGGGCCAUUUGAAGCAAGAUGAAGCAGACGUCCCGGACUACCUCCUGUCCUCGGGCGUAUGUGCCUGCAUCGCUGUGCGAGAUGAACACAAGCUCGCUGUGGCCAACCUCGGAGACUGCCGAGCCUUGGCCUACAAAGGAGGAUCCUUGACAGUGAUGACGAAGGAUCACAGGCCAUGUGAGCCAUUUGAACAAGAACGACUAACCAAGCAAGGGAUCCAAACCACAUGUGAUGGCUACCUGGCAGGUGGCCUCGCGGUGAGCCGCGCCUUGGGAGAUUUCACACGCUCAACAUGGACGAAAUGUCCAGGACUAUUAUCGGAACCAGACGUGACGGUCUUCUCGGUAGAUGCCGACACGGAGUUCAUCCUGCUUGCCUCUGACGGCGUCUUCGAAAGCAUGACAAAUUUGGACGCUGUCCAGUCGAUCAGACGACAGUUGCGGAGAAACCUUGUUUUUUUGCAGAGCACGUGUUUAAUUUGGUUGAUUUCAUCGUUUCCGUCCCUCAAUGAUUGAUUGAAUUGAAUGACAUCCUUUGUUUUCGCUUCUCCUGAGUUGUCGUGAUCCA